AUAUGCAGGAUUUUCGUGUUAAGUGUGUAUGAAUGAAACAAAACACGCCUCCAGGUAUGUUUUUGAUAAGGAAACAACAUUAUAACAUAGAUCAGAAAACCGCGUAAUAUGGGCCCUUUAAUCACGCCCACAGCAUUAACAGUGGCCAGGCCCUAGUCAAAAGUAAGCUAUUUCUCCUAUUUAGCUGGAAUAUAUCAUAAAUUAAAACUAUAUUACACAUUGAAUGUGUGUAAAAAUGUGUUGUACAUUUUCACAACACUGUAUAAGACGUUAAACUUAAAAAUAAAUAAAUUAAUUAAUUAUAAAAACGUAGCGGAGGACCCCACCUACCAGAAUAACUAUCUUCCGAUCAUCCACGCUGUUAACUGUCACGGACCGAUUCAUUUGAAGGGGAUUAUAGAGACCACUACGACUGUUCGGAUCAAGUUGAUGUUCUGAAGGUUAACGAAUCGUACUCUGCUAGCAUAGCCGUAGAGGUCCAUGUGAUUUGAAGUUAGCAUGGUUGCACUUCUAUAAAUUAGAUCAACAUUAUCAGGAUGAGGCAGAAGAUUAAUGAACAUGUUCCUUUUACCACUGGCACUACUCUUCAGAAGGCUGUGUCAAAACCAACCCUUGCCCCAGCAGCUUUCAAUACAAAUCAGAAUAGCACCCUGUGUCUUCCCCUGAUGAAUGAAAACAACAAGAUCAUUUGGGUACUUUCAGAUCAAAUCAACAUUCAAGGGGACAAAGUAGCCAAGUUAGAUGAGGCCUUCAGCACGUUCCCAUAUUUAACCCAAAAAAAGACCAUCUCCCUGGCUCAUAGCUGCUCGCUGCACCCCGAUCAGGUAAAGGUGUGGUUCAUGGCACAGAGACUCCGCUAUGGGAUCAGUUGGAGCUCAAAAGACAUUCAUGAGUUGAGAAGAAAAAUGCCUGGAGGAAUUAUGUCUAAGAAAAAGCUGCCCAAAUGUGAAAAUGAAACCACAAAAAAGUUAAGCAGAGAGGAUGAAGAACUUGCCAGCCACUCGUGUGAAAUCAAAAAGGAGAUACUGACCAGUGCUGCUAUAGAGGAUCAAAUGAAUACUGAGGAGAAGCCAAGAGAAAGGAAAAGGAAAAAAAUACUGAAGAAAGAAGAUGUACAUCUGAAUACAAUAAAGACAAGUCAAAUUUGGUGGCCUGAGACUGGGACAGACUUCACAUCUUUGCAGCAAACUGAUGAAAAUAGUUUUGUCAUUCUAGAUAAGACUCUUGAUACCACUCCAUCAGUUACUUUCCAGACCCAGGUUGCAUCUUCACAUACAUCUUUAGCCAUGGAGCAAGAACAAAUACAUAUGAAAACCAAUCCUCAACAUUCUAAGGAGGAAAUGUUUAUUAAAGAACCACCAGUCUGCAGCAAUAUUGACGGUUCGGUAGUCAAAGAACAGAGUUGGAUAGGCAAGCGUUCUUUCAGUGGUAGGAUAAAGACAUCGAAGCAGCUGGCAUUUAUGAAGAUGGAGUUUACCAAGUACCAGUAUCCAACCAAUGAACAAUACAAGGCAAUGGCAGAGCUCACUGGCGUUCCUCGUGAAGGUUUGGUCCAGUGGUUCACUGACAUGCGUUAUUCAAUAAAGAAAACUAAACCGACUUGGUUGAGUGUGGAGCAGCACAAGAGGGUUGUGGCCAAUGUAAUCCAUGCACAGUGCAUUAGAAAGAUGAAGAUGCAAAAGACUAGCGAGCAGAGAAGAUGUAAAGAAGUCUACUAACAAAAAGAUUGAUUUAAUUUCAAAUCAACUGAAGAAAGAUGGUUCACAUGUUGCAAGUGUUUUACAUAGUUUACUAUAGUUGUUGUAUGGCAUUUUAUUAAAUCAUUUUAUUGGCAUUGUUGCACUGUUUAUCAAGUUUAUUUAGUUUUAAAAAGUAAAAGUGCUGUUUUACCCAUCUAGUAAGUAU